AAAUCGAUGGUUAUAACUGUUACGAUAUCUUGUGGUAGACACCAAAUAAUAGCGUUUUAUCUCGACGCUAAAAGAAAAAAGAAAUUGCGGAUGAUUACUUUGGCGGGAGAUUAUCCAUUUUCAUUUUCAGCAAAACUAGGGCAAAGUCUCCUGCUCUUCUUCUAAUCACAUUUCCUCACACUCUCCCCAAUCUAAGUUCAAUUUCUUCUACGAAAUUUCAACCCUAACUCAUGGACGACGCACCUCAGGAUCCAGAAACUUCCAGUGGCCGCGCCAAGAGAAGCAGGAUUCGCACUCAGAACCAAGAGAGAGUGAGCGAUGCAAGUGACGACGGACCGAACCAGGCAGAGCGAGAGGCUUCGCCGGACGAUUUCGAAGAUGUCCGUCCUAAAGCUAAACGUAACCGACCUUCAGAGUUGCAGAAGUCCGAUCAAAGCUUAAUUGAGGUUAUCAAAGGUAAUGGGAAAAAUAUUCCUCAGGCCGUGAAGCUUUGGGUUGAGGAAUAUGAAAAGAAUCAAAAACCUGCAAUGGUUGAAUUGUUGACUAUGUUGUUUGAGGCAUGUGGGGCUAAAUUUUGUAUAAAAGAAGAGUUGCUUGACGAGACUGAUGUGGAUGAUGUUGUGGUUGCUCUUGUCAAUCUUGCUAGAAAGGGGGAAGUUGAAGAUUAUCAAAGUUCGAAGAGGAAGGAUGUCAAGAAUUUCAAAGAUAACCUUGUCUCGUUUUGGGAUAAUCUGGUGGUUGAAUGCCAGAAUGGUCCAUUGUUUGAUAAGGUUUUAUUUGACAAAUGCAUGGAUUACAUAAUAGCUUUGUCAUGCACUCCUCCAAGAGUUUACCGCCAAAUUGCUUCUACAAUUGGCCUUCAACUUGUAACGUCAUUCAUAACAGUUGCUAAAACUCUUGGAGCACAGCGAGAGACUACUCAGAGACAGUUAAAUGCUGAAAAGAAGAAGCGAACUGAUGGACCUCGUGUGGAGUCACUAAACAAAAGGUUAUCUAUGACUCAUGAGAAGAUAGUUGUGCUAGAGGACAUGAUGCGCAAAAUAUUUACAGGGUUAUUUGUGCAUCGGUACAGAGAUAUUGAUCCUAACAUUCGAAUGUCAUGCAUAGAGUCACUUGGCGUAUGGAUUUUGUCAUAUCCAUCACUUUUCCUGCAGGAUUUAUACUUAAAGUACCUUGGCUGGACAUUAAAUGAUAAAAGUGCUGGUGUAAGGAAAGCAUCUAUUCUUGCAUUGCAAAGCCUUUAUGAUGUGGAUGAUAAUGUGCCUACUCUUGGUCUAUUUACCGAAAGAUUUUCCAACCGCAUGAUUGAGCUUGCUGAUGAUAUCGAUGUCUCUGUUGCUGUAUGCGCCAUUGGACUCGUAAAACAAUUACUGAGGCAUCAGCUUCUCCCUGAUGAUGACUUGGGUCCGUUAUACGAUUUACUCAUUGAUGAUCCAGCAGACAUCAGACGUGCCAUAGGAGAAUUGGUGUAUGAUCACUUGAUUGCUCAAAAGCUUAAUAGUUCUCAAUCUGGCUCAAGAGGAAAUGAAAAUGGCUCUGAGGUUCAUCUCAGCAGAAUGUUGCAAAUCUUAAGGGAGUUUUCAACAGAACCGAUCCUCAGUACCUAUGUUGUUGAUGAUGUUUGGGAAUACAUGAAAGCUAUGAAGGAUUGGAAGUGCAUUAUUUCCAUGCUCUUGGAUGAGAAUCCUUUGGUUGAGCUUACUGAUGAUGACGCAACAAAUUUGGUUAGACUUCUUUUUGCAUCUGUCAGGAAGGCUGUAGGGGAGAGGAUAGUUCCAGCUUCUGAUAAUCGAAAGCAAUAUUACAAUAAAGCUCAGAAAGAAGUAUUUGAAAACAAUAGAAAAGACAUAACAAUUGCAAUGAUGAAGAACUAUCCACUCCUCCUACGCAAAUUCAUGGCUGACAAAGCAAAAAUACCAUCAUUGGUUGAGAUUAUUGUGCACAUGAACCUAGAGCUUUAUUCUCUGAAGAGACAAGAGCAGAAUUUCAAAAAUGUUCUUCAGCUGAUGAAAGAAUCAUUUUUUAAACAUGGGGAGAAGGAGGCACUGAGAUCUUGUGUGAAGGCCAUUUUGUUUUGUUCUACAGAGAGUCAAGGAGAGUUGAAAGAUUUUGCUGGUAAUAAAUUAAAGAAUCUUGAAGAUGAGCUAAUUGCUAAGCUUAAAUCUGCAAUGAAAGAAGCAGUGGGUGGUGAUGAAUAUUCUCUUCUUGUCAAUUUGAAAAGGUUAUACGAGCUUCAACUGUCAAAAGCUGUACCCAUAGAGAGUAUCUUUGAAGAUAUAGUCAAGGUUAUCCACAGUUUCAGAAAUGUGGAUGAUGACGUUGUCAGUUUUCUGCUUCUCAAUAUGUAUCUGCAUGUAGCAUGGUCGCUGCAGUCUAUUGUGAAUAGUGAAACUAUCUCUGAGGCACAGUUAUCCUCCCUGCUUUCUAAACGCAAUAUCUUGUUUGAGGAACUUGAGUACUUUCUUGGGACACCUUCAGAAGAAGCAAAAGUUAACAAGUACUCGAAUCACCUAGCUUGCAGGGUUUGUAUUAUACUUGCAGAGGCCUGGUGUUUGUUUAGACACACAAAUUUUUCUUCAACAAAGCUGGAAAGCUUAGGAUGUUGUCCAGACACAUCUGUUGUUCAAAAAUUCUGGGAACUUUGUGAACAGCAGCUCAACAUUUCAGAUGAGACAGAUGAUGAAGACACAAACAAAGAGUACAUUGAGGAGACAAAUAGAGAUGCAGUUAUGAUAGCUGCAGCAAAGUUGAUUGCUAGUGAUACAGUUUCCAAGGAAUCUCUUGCCCCUGGGAUCAUUUCUCACUUUGUGAUGCAUGGAACAAGUGUUGCAGAGAUAGUCAAGCAUCUACUCACUAUUAUAAAGAAAAAAGAUGAUGAUAUUUCCAAUAUUUUUCUAGAAGCAUUGAAAAGGGCCCAUCAAUGGCAUUUGGAGGAACUUUCUAAAAGUGAUGAUGGAUCAGUUUUACGAAAAUCUUUUCAAGACUGCAAGGACCUGGCAGCUCGACUUUCUGGCACAUUCAUGGGUGCUGCUCGGAACAAGCAUAGAGCAGACAUCUUAAAAAUUAUCAAGGAGGGCAUUGAAUAUGCUUUCAAAGACGCUCCAAAACAGCUAUCUUUUCUGGAAAGUGCCAUGCUGCAUUUUGUGUCCAAACUUCCAACACCUGAUGUCUUGGAAAUUAGUCUAAAAGAUGUUCAAAGUAGAACAGAGAAUGUAAACACUGAUGAAGAUCCCAGUGGUUGGCGUCCUUACUUCACAUUUGUUGACAACUUACGAGAGAAGUAUGCAAAGAAUGAAGGGUUGCCAGAUGAGAAAGAGGGGACUAAUGUAAGACGCAGGGGUCGUCCAAGGAAGCGGCAAAACAUAGAAGGAAAGAGGCUCUUUGAUGAGCACAGUUCAGGUGAAGAGGAAGAUUCAAUUAGUGGAUCAGAUCAAGAAGAUGCGCAGGAAGAAGAAGAAGAGAAGCAAGACGAGGAGGAAGAAGAUGAGGCUCCUUUGAUACAUUCGUUUAGGUCAUCGGGUAAGUUAAGGUCAUUAAAGGUUUUCAAGGGAUGAACAUAAAGGCCAGGCAAAGGCAGCUUCUGUCUCUAGAACAUCAGGGGCAUCAAACUAGUAGUUGUCGUUGGUGGAGGUGGUGUAUAUUUAAGGCACACAUGUCACAAGUUGUGGAGUUAGGUUUUAACAUAGAAGUGUACAUCUUCGACUCCUUUCUUCUAUCUGUUGUUAGCCAUAUAAAUGUUUGGGGUGUCUAUCUUGGUUUUAACAGAAUGUAUAAUGUAGGAAUUACACAAACCUCAGUUAGGAGCUGUGUAGGACUAGUUCUGUUUAAAUUUUGCAAUAUUGUCAAUAUUCAUGUUAACUAGUUGAAGAUAUGGCAUUAGCGUUUUUAUCA